UAACUUUGAGCUCUCCGGUUCUUGCCAGUAGUUCUGGCAAAGUCCUGAAUGUGAUCGAUGAGUGCUGGAGAUUGAACCCAAAAUGGCAUAGAAACAGACAAGAACUGGCUAAAUGUUCGAUUGGUUAUGCUGGGAAAAUGACAAGGAAUGUUGGUCCUGAUGUUACUGAAUAUGUUGUGACCGACCCUAGUGACGAUGCAAUGAACCCUAAACCAGGCACGCUGAGAUAUGCAAUGACCAAUGUUGGGGGAAAGAAAUGGGUCACCUUUGAGAGAGACAUGAAAAUUAAACUUCAGAGGCCACUUCUUGUCAGCAGCUUUACGACUAUAGAUGGACGAGGUGCCAGCAUUCACAUUGCAGGCGGUGCCUGCUUGCUGCUGCAAAGGGUGACAGACGUGAUCAUCCAUGGCUUAAGAAUCCACGACUGUCUAGCGCAAGGCCCAGGACCAGUAAGAGGUCCAGAUGCAAAGAUUGUGAAUAUAGGCCAUGCAGAUGGAGAUGCAAUCAGAAUGUUAUCAUCAAGCAAGAUUUGGAUAGACCAUAACACACUCUAUGACUGCCCAGAUGGUCUCAUUGAUGUUACCCGAGGCUCUACAGAUGUUACUAUUUCUAACAACUGGUUUAGAUACCAGAACAAGGUUAUGCUCUUGGGACAUGAUGAUGGCUUUUUGCGAGACAGAAAUAUGAAGGUCACCGUUGUCUUCAACUAUUUCGGUCCUAAUUGUCAUCAGAGGAUGCCAAGGGUUCGCUUUGGAUAUGCGCAUGUUGUCAACAAUCUUUACCAAGGAUGGGGGCUAUACGCAAUAGGGGGGAGCAUGAACCCUAGCGUUAAAAGUCAAGCAAACCUUUUCAUAGCACCCAAAACAGGGAACAAGGAGGUUGUCUGGAAUAAGAAUAGUGGCGAUACAUCCUCCAAUUUGUGGUCGGUGAAUGACAUAUUUGAAAACGGAGCUAGUUUCAACCAGCAAAGACCUAACAAUGCUGUCGCAAAGCCAAAUUACAACCAAGAACAACAAUUUGAGGUGGCAGAUGCAAUUUCAGUGAGGCCAUUAACAAAAACCUCAGGUGCAUUAAGAUGCUCCAAAAGAUCUACAUGCUAAAUAAAUGUGAAAGUUCUUAACAUGAAAAACCAUCUCAGUGGUUAUAAUGAUGUAAUCUAU